AUGCGCCUUCUACAACUGGGUGGGGGUGCCGCCCUUCUCGCCGAAUUGACUGAAAACAGCGCGGCGCUGGCAGCUUCCGGUGGCAGUGCCCGUCCCUUCGAUGGCGCGGUGGAGCAGGAGGAAGAAGCGAAGCAGGAGGAAGUGGAGGGUCAGCACAGGGAACCCGAACAGGCGCAAGAACAGGAGGACAAAGAACAGCCACCUGCUGCCGACCCUUCAUCCGGCGCCGCUGAAGUCUGCAAUGGAGGCACUAGAUCAACCAGUAGCGCUACAGGCAAGACACUGAAUAUGCAUCUUCUUCGCAACACCGAAUUCUUACACUCUGCUUCUAAUUCCGCCGAUUACGUUCGUCAAGGUCGAGGCUCUGGCAACAUUUUGUGGGGCGUUGGAGACAUGGAAUUUGAGGCGCAGAUGCGGAUGCUAGACAGUGCAGGAUUCCGCACCGGCUAUGUGUAUCGCAACCCGAACCUACUUCGGCGUCAGCCCACCAGCAUGCCAUGGUCUGGCAACAACAACUCGGGCACAGCCACCGACUUCUUCACCACUGACUUCUCUUGUGGCGAGAUGAGCGGCGUGGACGACGUCACGGCAGCCACUAAUGCCGGUGCCGUUCAAAAAGCCAAGUAA